GUGCACACUAGAGAGAUGAAGGCUUUAGCCCUCCUCUUCCUCCUCCUUGGCUCGGGAGCCUGUGACGGCGUCAAGUACAUCUCUAAGAGGAACUCAGUGGAUGGAUGCAUAGACUGGUCCGUGGAUCUCAAGGAGUACCAUGUUCUUGCCGAUGAACCUGUUCGGGUGAAAUGUGCCUUGUUCUACAGCUACAUCCGAACCAACUACACCAUGGCAACCAACGCCAAGCUGCGCCUCAUCUGGUACAAGAACAAAGGAGAUGCGGAGGAGCCCAUAAUAUUCUCAGGUCACAGGCUGAGUAAAGAAGACGACUCCAUCUGGUUCCGAUCUGCUGAGAUGGAAGACAAUGGAUUCUACACCUGUGUACUAAGGAACUCGACAUACUGCAUGAAAGUGUCCAUGUCCAUGAUUGUGGAAGAGAGGGAUGAGGGAAAAUGCUUCAGCAGCAAAAUCCGACAUCUGGAGAAGGCUGAGAUCACCCAAAGCAAAAUGAUCACCUGUCCUGAUAUAGAAGACUAUUUGGCCCCAUACAAGCAGCCACAGAUGACCUGGUACAAGGAGUGCGAGCGGGUUGAAUGGAGAAGCUCCAUCACUGUUAACACUACAAACAUCUGGAUUCCAGAGGUGGAAGAGGGUGACGGGGGAAAUUACACCUGUGAGUUACAGUAUGGAUCCAGACAGGUGCGACGGACAACACAGCUCAAAGUUACAGCUCUGCAGACCACUCAGCCUCCUAAGGUCCUUUUCCCCCCCGAGAGGCAGGACACGGCCAUAGAGAUCACGCCUGGUAUGCCCCUCAGUCUAGACUGCAAGGCGUUCUUUGGCUACAGUGGAGAAAACAGAAGGCCCAUUAUCUACUGGAUGAAAGGAGAAAAGUUUGUGGAAGAACUUGCGGGACACAUUAAAGAAAGUGAAGUCAGGAUUCUGAGGGAGUAUUUAGGGGAGAAGGAGGUGCAGCUGUCCCUAACGUUUGACGCUGUGGACGAAGCGGACCUGGCCAACUACACCUGUUACGUGGAGAACCACAUCGGGAGGCGCAGCGGGAGUGCCAUACUGCAGAAGAAAGAUAUGUAUCGUCUGGAGCUGGCCGGAGGUCUGGGCGUCAUACUGCUGCUGCUGGGAGUCCUCACAGCCCUUUAUAAGUGUUACAACCUGGAGAUCAUGCUGUGCUACAGGAGACACUUUGGAAGUGAUGAAACCGAAGACGAUAACAAGGAGUACGACGCCUAUCUGUCCUACACCAAAGUGGAGCUGGACUGUUUGGGAAGGUCGAGCAGCGAUGAGGAAACACUGGCUCUGGAGAUCCUGCCGGACGUUUUGGAGAAACAUUAUGGAUUCAAGCUGUUCCUACCAGACAGGGAUCUAAUACCCAGCAGUACCUACAUUGAGGACUUGGCUCGCAGCGUGGAGCAAAGCAGACGUUUGAUCAUUGUUUUGACUCCGGAGUUCGUCGCCAAGAGAGGCUGGAGCAUCUUCCAGAUUGAGACGCGCCUCCACUCCAUGCUGGUUACCGGGGGGAUCAAGGUGAUCAUGGUGGAGUGUGCAGACCUCAAGAAUGUCAUCAACUACCAAGAGGUGGAAGCACUUAAACAUACAAUCAAGGUUCUAUCCAUCAUCAAGUGGAGGGGGCCGAAGAGCAAUGAGCUGUCGUCUAAGUUUUGGAAACAGGUGGUCUACGAGAUGCCUGCAAAACGCAGAGAGACGUUGUCUAGACGCCAGGUAAUGGACUCCGGUGAACAGGGCCUCUUUGGCGACCUACAGACCACCGUCUCCACCAUUGCCAUGACAACCACCUCCGCCUCCUUGGGGCCCACCAAUGAGAGCCGCCAUGGACAUCAUCAGGUUGCCUUAGCGACAGAGAUCCCUGACUACAAUCAGAUGACGUUGCCACUGGGAGGCGGCCACACGGCCACUGCUGCCCAAAUGAGGCAUUUCUGCCGCAGCUACGAGUUCCAGCUUCCCCCACAGCCUCCCUCCAUGUCACCUCCCCUUCCACCUCUCUCCACAGUGCAGUUCUCCACUCUGGGCCCCGGGGGGCGCCACGUCUAUUGCAACGUCCCAAUGACACUACUGAACGGACAGGGGUUCAGAGCAGAUCACUGGGGAACAAGAGGUGACUCAGAGCAGUACCCUUGGGAAGAAGCCAGAACUCCACCUGAACAGCACCUUUGUACCGCUCACCAGCAGAGAACUAAGCUCUGACAUCUGGUAGACUGCUCAUCGCUCACUGGAUUGCAAACCAGUUCACAGACUGUUUUUACAGCCGGUUUUGGAAAUGGAAGGCACUGGUUGGUCGACGGGUUUUUAUUGGCUUUUUGGAUGGUGUACAGUCUUGGUUUUCACUUGAGAACUGCCUGCCGAUUGAAUAGACUCUUGGAUAUACUGGCUGCAGACUGCAUACAGACACAGAACUAAAACUGACUGUAUGCCGGUUCUGGAUACACCAACUGGGUACCAACUGAGACAAACUGCUAUGUAAAAGAGCGAUAAUGUACAAUUACAGGUCAUACACAUUCGGAGCCCGAGGACAAUGAAAUGAAACGGUUCAGGACACGAUGAGUGUGUAUGUAUGAACGAGCAGGAGUGCUUUGUUUGUCGAAUCAGCUACCAAGGUGGACCUCGGAGCACUAAAAGAAGCCGUCUGCGUGGGAAACCCUUCGCCAGCUGCUUGACUAAAUAGUGUCCCAUAGAAAAACUAAAGUAGCAGAAUGUCAGUCGACUUCAGUGUAUCCACAGACCUGUGGCCUUGGUGGCUUGGUCAAUAAACAUGGCAGUCCUCGAGAAAUGAUUUUGGGAAUACCAGUCCACCUUAAAACAACAAGUGAACCUCUUGAAAUACAAUUCCUGCUUUUGGUACUUUUGGAGCUACAAUGAUUGACUAAAAAUGAAUGGAUUCCAGCAUGAAGAUUAAGAUAAUGAGUGAUGUGUGAAACAAUUACUGAGCUUUGUCACUGGGAAAGCACGGUUUGCUGGUGUAUAUGGAGAGGUAGUGGCUAAGGCUAGCUGACUGCGUUCCUUCUUGACCUAACAGAAAGAAUGCAAAGCAGCCAGCUCACCUUGUAUCCCGAUAAUCAGGAACUUCACAACUCAUCAAGAGGUGAGCUUGCCAACAAGGAACCCACCGAGCCAAAAUCAUGGAGGACUUGGCUUUUUCUAUUUGCAUGAACACCCAUUUAGAUAAAAAAAAAAGAAAAUAAUUAAACAAAUAUAGAUAAAAGAGUAAAUAACACAAUCCUUUCUCGCAGCCUCUUUUCAUAUGGAGGGAGAAAAAAAACGUUCAUUGCUAAUGAAUUAUAUUUGUUUUCUGUCCGGCCAUUAAGAAAUGAUAAAAACUGCUGAGGGGGAAAAAAGAGAUGUCCCUCCAAAAAUAUGUUUAUUUUCUGUUGUAAUAUUUAAGAAGUGUAUGCUUUUAGAAGGUUGGUGAACAUUAUAACCAGUCUUUGUUUUUAAUGUUUGUUACAAUAGUCUCUGUACAGCUUCCAUAACUUAUGCAUAGACCUAUACACAACAGUGAUUUGUUCUCUAGAAUUUAUGUUAUUUGUGGGAGUUGUAACUCUUACAUUUUGUGUGAGAUUCAGAGCCUCUUUUAUGCUUUCAUUAUUUUCCUCUCUUCAUUAGUGGUAAGAUGGAUUGAUAAAUGGGUGAGUGGAUGGAUACAUGGGUGGAUUGAUGGAUGGAUAUGUGGAGACGGGUGGAUGCUCACGGCAGUACGACCCUGCCAACGGACUGAUGAUUUUGAACCUGUCACUCUGGAUUCGAGACCACUACCAGUCAGCCAAAGGGGGCUUUCACUCCAUCCAGAGCCAAACCCCAAGCUGAACCUAACCACACUUUUCUUUUUGAGCUUUAAGAAACAAAGAUUAUUACCAUAAUAUUUAAGCAAAGCAGAUAAUGUUUGAAUUUAAACAAGUAAUUUCAUUGUCUUAUUUAAACUAAUGAACUCUGGAUAUUUGAGAUUUGAUACAAUUUAUAAUUUUUUGAUUUAUAUUCAAUGGCAAUAUGAAGUAUAGUGGUUGUCUUUUGAUUUUUGUUCAUUUUUGGACUUUUCUUUGGAUAUGUGGGUUUAACUGAGAGCAAAUAAAAAAUAUAGGAGGUGUUUUGUA